AUGGCCCCCGCGACUGUAGUCCUUAUUACUGGUGCUGGCAGAGGCAUCGGCCAGGCAUUGACCGAGGCAUAUCUCCUCCGACCAAACCACACCGUCAUCGCCACCGUGCGUGACUGCACCGACCCCAAGUACGACGCCCUCAAAAAAUCUCCCGUCGGUAGCGGCUCCCGGCUACUCCUCGUCAGCAUUGAGAGCACGUCGAAUACGGACCCGGAAAAGGCCGUCGAGCAAGUCAAGGCCGCAGGAGUUGACCACAUUGAUGUUGUCAUUGCCAAUGCCGGCGUCGCCCCUCCCUCUGAGCCGUUUGACACGCUGGAUGUCAACGACCUAACCCAUGCCUUUCAGGUCAACACUGUCAGCACCGUUGUUCUCUACCAGGCCGUAAAGCCGCUAUUGGAGAAGUCCGCCGCACCAAAGUGGAUGUCCAUCUCGAGCGCCGCUGGUUCCAUCACACGCCUAGAAAUCCACCAGGCCCACGGUGUCGCUGCUUAUGGCAGUUCCAAGGCAGCCCAGAACUUCUUCACUCAGUCUCAGGUCUCCGGCCCCCAGAUCCUACCGGCAGUCACUAAUCGACGUCUUACACCCAGGGCGCUGCAUUCAAAGGAGAAAAAUCUCAUUGCAUUUGCCAUCCAUCCCGGCCUGGUCCAGACCGAGAUGGGCAACGCGGGUGCGCGAGCUAUGGGAAUGGAACAGGCUCCAGACACCAUCGGCGACAGUGUUAUGAAGUCUAUGAACAUGAUUGAUGCUGCUACCCGUGAGAACACAUCUGGAAAGUUCUACAACGUCAUUGACAGCUCUGAAAUCCCCUGGUAG